GCCCUUCCUCACCCCAAUCUACUCCGCCCCCGACCUUGUUUUCCCCCUUUCUCCAUUUCCUUUCCAUUCUCUCUCUCUCUCUCUCUCUUGGGUUUUCUUCUCGGCGACCAUCUGCUUCGAUUCUCGCGCUCCAAGAAGAAGAAGAAGUAGAAGAAGAAGAAGAAGAAGAAGAAGAAGAAGGGAGAGAAGGGGUGGUGUGCUGUGCUUACUGAUUGCCAUAAGAGAGGGCUAAUGGCCGGUACUAUUACAGAGGAUUAUGGGACGGAGGGUAGGUAUACAUUGUCAGAUGCGAUGUCAAGCCAAUCCGGGGAUUCUCUUGCAGAAUGGCGAUCUUCUGAGCAGGUUGAGAAUGGGACACCUUCCACUUCACCACCUUUCUGGGACACUGAUGAUGAUGAAGAUGACUGUGGCCCCAAGCCUUCUGAUCUUUAUGGGAAGUUUACUUGGAAAAUUGAAAAUUUUUCUACAAUCAACAAGAGGGAACUGCGUAGUAAUGCAUUUGAAGUUGGUGGCUACAAAUGGUAUAUCUUAAUUUAUCCACAGGGUUGUGAUGUCUGCAACCAUCUCUCUUUGUUUCUUUGUGUUGCUAAUCAUGACAAACUUCUUCCAGGCUGGAGUCAUUUUGCACAGUUUACAAUAGCUGUGGUGAAUCGAGAACCAAAGAAAUCUAAGUACUCUGAUACCUUGCAUCGGUUUUGGAAAAAAGAGCAUGAUUGGGGAUGGAAAAAGUUCAUGGAAUUGUCAAAGGUGUCAGAUGGCUUCAUUGUUAACGAUACUCUAAUGAUCAAAGCUCAAGUUCAAGUUAUUAGGGAGAAAGCACACCGUCCAUUUCGUUGCCUUGACUGCCAGUACAGGAGAGAACUUGUAAGGGUAUACUUGUCAAAUGUGGAACAAAUCUGUCGGCGGUUUGUUGAAGAAAGAAGAAACAAGAUUUGCAAGUUAAUUGAGGAUGGCUCAAGAUGGUCAAGUUUUCAUGCCUUCUGGGUAGGAAUUGAUCAAAAUGCCAGGCGUCGCAUGUCAAGGGAUAAAACUGAAGCAAUUUUGAAAGUUGUUGUAAAGCAAUUUUUCAUCGAGAAAGAAGUAACCUCGACUUUAGUAAUGGAUUCACUAUAUAGUGGUUUAAAGGCUCUUGAAUGUCAGAGCAAGAACAAGAAAGGAAAGUCAGAGCCAGUGGAAAUGGAAGAGUUUCCAGCUCCUAUGGUCUUUGUGGAGAAAGAUAUGUUUGUUUUGGCUGAUGAUGUCUUGAAAUUACUUGACCGAGUAGCAUCAGAGCCUUUGCCUCAUCUGCCAUUGCCUCCUAAGGAUGACAAGGGUUCACAAAACCGUACAAAGGAUCCAAAUUCUUUGGAUGACUUCAAUAAAUAUACUAUUGAGAGGGAUAAGAGGCGCCUUACAGAGCUUGGUCGAAGGACUGUAGAGAUUUAUGUUCUCACUCAUAUUUUCAGCAGUAGGAUUGAAGUUGCCUAUCAAGAGGCUGUUGCUCUAAAAGUUAAUUCUCCUUCUAUGCAAAGAGCUCAAAGUCUUGGAACUCUGUUGGAACCAGAUUAG